UCCCAGAAGCCUCUGCCGUUCCUUUUCCCCGGCGGUAGUGGGCGGCCGAAGGUAGGCUUCAAAGAUGGUCCGCUACUCGCUCGAUCCAGAGAAUCCCACAAAAUCAUGCAAAUCAAGGGGUUCCAACCUUCGUGUUCACUUCAAGAACACACGUGAGACUGCUCAGGCUAUUAAGGGUAUGCACAUCCGUAAAGCUACCAAGUAUUUGAAGGAUGUGACUCUGAAGAAGCAGUGUGUUCCCUUCCGUCGUUACAAUGGUGGGGUUGGCAGAUGUGCCCAGGCCAAGCAGUGGGGCUGGACUCAGGGGCGCUGGCCUAAGAAGAGUGCAGAGUUCCUCCUGCACAUGCUCAAAAAUGCAGAGAGCAAUGCUGAGCUCAAGGGCCUGGAUGUCGAUUCUCUGGUUAUUGAACACAUUCAGGUUAACAAAGCUCCCAAAAUGCGCAGGCGGACGUACAGGGCUCAUGGCCGCAUCAAUCCCUACAUGAGUUCUCCCUGCCACAUUGAGAUGAUCUUGACAGAGAAGGAACAGAUUGUCCCGAAGCCGGAAGAGGAAGUUGCUCAGAAGAAGAAGAUAUCUCAAAAGAAACUGAAAAAGCAGAAAUUGAUGGCUCGGGAAUAAAUAUUCAAUUAACACAAAUAAAAUGUGUGAACUUCAA